AUGCGCAAGUUUGGCCUCAGCAAAGAACAAAGAGCUCAGGUGAUUCGUGCAACAGGUGGUUCAUCCCGCUUUGUAGACAUUGAACGUAUUUUGAGAGCCUCCGACUUUGAGGAGAGCAAAUCUGAUGAUCGACGUGGCAGCCGGCCACCUCAAAAGGUUCAACGUCGUGAAGCCUAUGCAAUCCAUGUUGAUAACGAUGAUGAUGAUUCUUCACUGGAUAUGCCUUUUUCUUCAGAUAGUGGGGAUGAAGUAUAUGCUGGGGAACAUGAGACUGAAGUUCAAGGACAGGGCGAUUCCACCGAUGAAGAUAUCCAAGAAGUACUUGAGAUUCAAAAGAAAGCCAAGAGAGACUUCAAACGGAAUUUCAAGACUUACAAGGACUCCAAGAAGAAAGUUCGAGAGAUCAAGAAAUCACGUCAGCCAUACUUUCCAGUAGUUGCCAUUCCUCCUGAGGGUCAAGGUGGAGCUUCGUCAUCACAGACCGUUGCCCCUCCUCAGGGUUCCAAGAAGUUUGAGAAGAAGGUCAUGACCAAGACCACCAAGCAGUAUCCCAAAACUCCUUAUCCACGUAAGGAGGAAGCCCAUUUAGCUGUUGGUAGUGAGGUCAAUGAAUUCAACUACAUGGUAAAUGUGCAACUGCCACCAAUGAAUGACUCUGAACUGGAUGUUUUACUGGCAUCUAUUCCAGCGGGUUUUGCAAUUUUGGACACAGGUGCAACCACGUCCGUUGUUGGUGCUGAUACAGCUGCUCGCUAUGCUCAACAUUUUGCUGCCCAGGGAUUUCCACCGCCUGUGGAACUAGAGAUGCCUCCAGUUGAGUUACGUGGUUUUUCUGGAAAGGUUGAAAAGACCUCUCGUGGUCUUCGCUGGACAGUUAAGCUUGGUGAAUUGUAUGGAUCGAUUUCAACAUACGUUGUGCCUGGUGCAACGCCUUUCUUGUUGUCCCGCCGUGUGAUGGAGAACAUGGAAGCUUUGAUAGACCUGGGUCAACAGACCAUUACAAGUCACAAGCAUGGCAUGAAAGAUGUGAAGUUGAGCCGUUCUGCCAACGGCCAUUUGCUCCUGCCGAUUUGCCCAGCUCAAGAUGAUUUCGAGAUCCAACCAUGUGAAACCGAUGAGCCCAAUGAUGAAGAUGCCUCAGACACCUCCGAAACCAUGGUGUCUCCUGCGCAUCACUCCGAUGAGACAGCUGCAGUUCCUGAACCACAUGCUUUGCCAGUGAUGGAGGACCGAAGUGAUCCCAAGCCAUCCAUGCAAUGCCAGCCUGUCAAUAAUCACCGUAAGAUAACUGAGGGUGAUAGGAAACGAGUGCAGAGACGACCUGUGAGUCCCAUGCCUGUAGCACUGUUUUGCUUUCGUGCGCCCGAGCUAGCAGUAUGUGCCGACGAUUCGAGUCCGGAUCAACAGCCAAUUUGCAUGUGUUGUUGUGAAUGCGAUGCCGGUGACACCCAGUCACCUGAUGGUGAGAUUCCUUUAGAAACCCUCUAUGAAGAAUCUGACUGGGUAGAUGUUGGACAUAGCCUGCCUUCUCAUUCCCGAGAUGCCAUCCGAAAAGCCAUCCAACAGUUGAGAAAAACCAGCAUCCGAGUAGCCAUUUCACAAUUGGCCGAUGAUCCUGACAGCGUGCGUGCCGAGCUUGCUGAUUGGCUAGGUGAUCAGUCUGCAGUACUUGAUACCAAAGUUGGCCUUGUUGAAGUGUUCACAGGACAUGCCCCUUUGUCCCAAUUGUAUGAGCAAACCACCGGAAAGUCCAGCAUCCGUUUGGGCCUCUCCUAUGGACAGGACUUCACACGUGUCCGAGACCGUAGACUGUUGUUGCUGCUCAUAGCUUUUACACAGCCUGAACAUGUAUGGUUUAGCUGGCCAUGUAAAUAUUGGGGUCCCUGGUGUAACAUCAACAUGAGUAAGGAUGAAUCCCUGAAGAGCCGUAUUUUGGAACAACGCCAAAUUGCCCGGCGAUACUUGCAUAUGGUUUCAGAAGCCUGGCAACUGCAGACAGCACUUGGUGGCCAUUGCCAUGCAGAAAAUCCUUUGAGUUGCCUUGCAUGGAGCGAGCUCAGCCUUGGUACAGUUUGGGUGUGCCGAGUGGAUCAGUGUACCGUUGCGAUGGACACCACAAACAUGAUCACUUGGAGGGUUGAGUUGAAGAAAGAAGGCCCCCGUGGCAUGUCCAAAGCGUUCCACGAAGUGUGGGUGCGACCAUAUGGUGUUCCCAAAGUUGUCUACAUGGAUCCAGAUCACCUCAUGUUACGCGAACAAGCAUGUCAAGCAUUCUUGGAGGAGCAUGCAAAGGAAGCCUGGCGCCGAGCCAUAGCAGGUCGCAAUCGACCAAUGCGUGGGCCAUACGUCUUCGACCGUUGCCCGAAGACGAGCACAGGUUUCGAGAGCUCACCAGAGAGCUGUCAGCUGGCCGAAUGCAUCCAGAGAUUGAACAAGAGGUAUACUCGUAGUCCGGAAUAUUGGGCGAAGCGUGCAUCUGGAGAACUUGGUCCUAUGGGCUCACUUCAUGAAGGUGUUACCCCAACAAUAGUCCAUUUGCCUCCCAAUAGUCCUAACCAUGAUGAAUCAAAAAGAAGACGGGUCACAAUUGCAGAUCCUCCUGAACAAUCAGUGAUACAGCCAUCAGUUUUGAAUGAUCCUGCACUAGAAGAACCUGAAGAUUACAUCGAGCCUUCACUAGCUGACGAUCAAGAAUUCGAUGAUGAUGCAGUUCCAAGCCCAGAGGGCGUUCCUAGCGCUGCAGAUCCCGUAGAUGAGACAACUGAUGCUGUCGACGAUGCACCUGCCUCUGUGCCUGCAGAUGCUCCAGAAAAUGAGGAUGCCGUCCAAUUGGACAAUGCCGUCAACACAGCAGUUCCGAAUGAAGAUGAUGAUUUGUUGGUCACCGCCUCAAAAGGUGACCCCCAACAAAGAGGUAUCUACUUUCGUCCACCCCCAGAGAUAAAAGAAUGGAUGGGUUUAGAUUCCGAUGACCUUUUCAGACUUGAAAAAGCAGCAUACGGGCUGGCAGAAGCGCCACGCCAGUGGUUUCUCAGACUCACCCGUGAGCUCAAAGAAGUCGGAUUGGUGGCAUCCAGGCUGGACCCCUGCCUUUACUAUCUCCGCCGCAACUCCAAGUUGGUUGGCAUAUGUGGUAUACAUGUUGACGAUUUGUUGGGAGGUGGAACCAAAGAAAUGGAUACCAUCUUAGCAAACCUCAAGAAACGAUUGCCUUUUGGCGACUAUCGAACCUAUACAAUCCGAUACACUGGAGUCGAAAUCAGACAGAAUCCUAACACCAUGGAGAUUGAAGUGGGUCAGGAGAACUAUGUAGAAAACCUCAAGGAAGUUCCAACCAAGCCUUUAGGGCAAGCGUCUACUCCUUUGCAAAACCCCACAAUCAUGCGAGCAUGUGCUGGUCAACUUGCCUGGGUCGCAACAAGCACCCGACCCGAUGUUGCCUUCUUAGCAUCAUACUUGCAAGGUGUUCAGGAUAAGGCCACAGUGUCUCAUGUAACCAUGUUCAACAAAGCAUGCCGUGAACUAAAGGAAAGAAAGCUUUGUUUGCGUUUUCCAAGCACUGUGCCAAUCUCCUCCUGGAGAAUCCUUUGUAUAGCCGACGCCGGCUGGGGUACGAGAGAAAGUGGUGACAGCCAAGGAGGCUACCUGCUUUGCCUUACCACACCUGAGAUCUUCGAACGUAAACGUUCCACUUGCUGGCUGGUAGACUGGUCAUCAAAGAAGUUGAGACGUAAGGUAAGAUCCUCAGUAGCUGCAGAAACCCUGUCAGGUCAAAAUGGUUUGGAUGCCGUUGAAAUGUUCCAAGCACUGUUAGCCGAAGCUGUUCAUGGCACCACCCCAAAGGAUUUUAGGAAUCAGUUCCCUCAAGAUCCAGCAGCUUUAGUAGUGGAUAGCAAGGGUUUCUUCGAUGCUGUUACACGUCGAAAGGAAAAGGCUGAAGCAGUCACCAAGGGUUUGCAGAAAUAUCCGCUGUUCAAGCACCUUGUGGUGAAGAUGGCAACCAGCCUUCUUGCCCGUGCUGUCAAAUUUGGACAGCAGCGCCUGAUCCUUGAUGGUUUCAUUCACCAGCCAGGUGGACUGAAGCCUCUCGCUGUGAUUGCAGAUGCCGUCAUGUCAGAGAUGGAGCUCAGUGGCAAGCGUGACCGCGAAGAAGCUCGUGAUGAAGCCGAGCGCAUCAGUGCUGGCUAUGAGGAGUCAGAGUGGGAUCAGUUGAGUUAUGCAGGCGCAUCACCGAAAGGCUACAUGGGGACAGUCCGUGGUAGCUAUGCAGCUGGUGGCUCGACCAUUCCACCACCCAUGCCUGAUGCUGAGUCGCAUCCCUUUGAGAACUUGAAGAUUCCACUGCCUCCAGGUGUUUCGACCAUCCAUGAAUGGGGCCGCACCGUUUGUCAGUUGGAGAAGUAUAAAGAGAAGAAGUUGACAUAUGCCCAGAUGGUAUCUCAGUCAGACUUUGACCCGGAGAUUUACAACUAUCUGUGCUGGAUCAAGAAUCGCUAUGGGAUUGAAGACUCUGGCUGCUUUCCUCCGAAGAUUAGCCCUGGCAUUGACCUUGCCGCGUAUCUGGAACGUUCCAAGUUUCAGCAGAAAGGAAACCUGAUCUCAAUGUGGCGACUGAUCUUUCUGGCCGCCACCAGCAGUUCUGCCCCAACGCAGUUCAACAAUCCGUGGGACAAGAGUCCCAACGAUGGUCAGGCCAACCGAGGAUGGGACCAAAAUACUUUUCGUUCCAUGUGGAUCCUCCUGGAUCGUGAGUUGAGUGCAGAUCAGACAAUGCAGCAAACCUCUGUUGGUGGAAAAUGGUGUUUCCUGGCAAUGGUAGGAGUUUGGAAGGCAGGCGAAGUGACUUCAAAUUUGCUGUUGUUCCGCUUUGCUCACCCUCCUGCACAGAGUGAAUCAGCCCUGUCUUUGCAUGACGGCUCAGCGACAGCCCCGUGGGUGGCGAUUGCCAUGCCGUCCUACCGCUUGUAUCGGAGUGCCAUAGCUGGUGCAACUGGAAGGAUUGGCGAGGCGGCUCUGAUCAGACAACUGCUCUUAUCCCCUUUGUGCCAAGAGGUGCAUGCAGUGACCAGACGGAAGAUCAUUGCCUUCGAUGAGUUGUCGGCCUCCGCGAAGCUGAAGCAGCACUUCGCCGACUUCGGUACGGAUCUUUGCGGCUUGAACGGAUCUGCCUUGCAGGGGAUUGAUGCAGCGUUUUGCGGUUUGGGCUCACGAUCCGGGUGGUCAGAUGAAAAGGAAAUGGCUGCCGUGGACCGCGAUGCUGUGAUGAGAUUUCUGAGGCUUUGCCAAGAAGCCAACGUUCCCCACGUGACGGUUCUGAGUUCCGCGUGGGCGAAUACCAGCAGCGUGUUUCCCUUCGCACGUCUGCAAGGCGAGACCAUCGAGGCCAUCAGUGCGAUGAAGACUUUUUCGAGGACUUCAAUCUUUCAGCCAUCAGCCGUCACAGGCGCAGACGGCCGACUCCUGAGUGGUGGCAGCUCCCUCCUGGGAAAUUUCAUGUGGCAGUCCCUGCCUGUGGCAUCCCAGUUCAUGCCCAAGGUCUAUCGUCCCAUCGCGCUGGAGGAUCUGGCGCUGGCCAUGCGGCUGAAUGUGGAACUCUGUGAUGCCUCGGAAGCCGUGGAGAAGUUGGACUACAGGUCAGUGAGCGCAUGGGAGGAAUCUGUCGAGGCACCGCCUGGUCUUGCUCGUCAAAUCACGACGGGAAAGACCGUUGAUCCCGUGGUGAAGUGUUUGACCCAGAUCCUCCAAGAGAAGGACGUGCAAGCCAAGAUGGAUGCCGAGGGGUAUGUUAGCAUCCAGUGGCUGCUGAAAGUGAAAUCCGCGCUCAGUUGGGAGUGCGGUGGCAAUGCGAAGUCCUUGGUAUCGGCCAUCGAGAGCCAGGUGGGGAUUCAGUUGGACGAGGCUCAUCGCCGUGUUCGACUGCGCAGUUGCUGCGAGCAGCUGCUGGUUGAGGCCAAGCGCUUGAUGCAGCAACUCCCAUUUGGUGUCGUGCCGCUCUCGAGCUUCUUCGGUUUGCCUUCGCUCUCGCAGAUGCAGAAAUGCUCUGAGUUGGACGCUGAAGGCCUACUCCGGAAAGCGUUGACUCGUGACUCCGAGCUGGUGAUUCAAGGCGCUUUUGUCGCGUGGCAGCCACGUGCGGAGAAGUUGCGCAAGUCAGUGGAGCAGCUGUUUUUGGAGCAGGACUCACAGCUGCACAGCAAGAUCCAGCAAAGCGGAGAUGUGCCACUGACAUGGAUCGUGGGAAGAUACGCAGAGAAGCUGGGCCUUGCGCAUUCCAAUGUGCGCACCUCUGAGGCAUUGGCAGAAGCAGUUGCAGGAGCGCUCCAGGACUCUCAGGUUCUGCGCGUGGACCGUCACCGCUUGACCGUCCGCAAGUGCCGGAGCCCGGAGCGUGCCCCUGAGGACCCGCGAUCAGGUGAGACAGAUCGCCAGGCAGGGAGAAGUCACGAGACAGAAGGGGGAGAGCGCAGGGGAGGCCGUAGGGGUGCAGCAAGUCAGUUGCGACAGCUGCUGGACUUCUACUUUGAACCCUUCACGCUGCAGCACAACAGGUAUCUACUGGACUUGAUCCUGAAGAGAGCGGACGCUCCACAGGACAAAGGCCCUUGGCGAGUGGAGGCGCUUCAGAAUUGCCGCUUCACUUGGGAAGAUUUGCAGGGCCUUGGGCGAAUCCAGUCUGCAUUGACAAAGUUGCAGAGCCGCCCUGAUGGGAUGGUCGAGCUGAGAGAUUUGAAGCACUUGAGCUGCGACGAUGGUCAGUUCCAUUUGCGCACCAAGCUGGAAGUGCGAAAUUUUGUCCACGCCGAGAAUGUCUCCAAGGAGAGUUGCAACAAAUCCAACAAGACGCACUUGGAUCAGAGCAGACCUGUCUCACUGGCUAAGGGUGCUGCAGUGAGGUAUUUGACAGCUUCGAGGGAGCAACAACAGGAGGCCCCCAAAGGAGUGGUGAACGUGAUGUCCUACGCCGUUGCAGAGAUGAUGACCGACCAAAGCCCAGCGGGACAGCAGCGUCUGGCAAAGGUGAAGCGUCAGAUCUUGGUGUAUCGAACAGCUGGUGAACUGAUCCAGAUCGCCAUCAGAUUUCGUCGAGUUGCCAUGGAGUCGUUGAGAUUCUCUCCCUCGAGCCCAUCUUCCAUUCGUACUGCUCAUAAGCUUGCUCCUACACUCGGCGCAGUCCAUCACAUUCGCAGCCAACGCAACUUUCAGCCGUACUCGACCGCUGUAUGCACCGCCUCCACGCUGGCGGCUUUCCUCCGCCGCCGUGCCACGGCGCGGCGGGUCCAAGGCGACCGGGGCAACGCCGACGGAGCCAUGGGGGAUCUGCAGAUGGCGCUGGCGAAGGUUCCGAAGCCCUUGUGGCCGCUGCUGAUGAACGCGGUGGAGGCCGCCGUAGACACUUCGACCACUUCGACCACUUCGACUUCCCUGGCGCAGUCCAUCAGCUCCGCCGCAGAGGGCGUGGCCACGUGGCGCCAGCGGCUGUCGCUGGGCCGCAUUUGGCGCGACGAGGAGGGCGCCAAUUGGCCACAGGAACCCACGCUGCGCGGUGGAUGGCAAGAUCUGCUGAGAGAGAAAGGUCUCCCACAGCUGGUGAAGAAAUAUCCCAAGUUGGUGGAUCCAUUGAUGGCCAGUCUGUUGGAAACCGUGGGCCAGUUCCAUGAGGAAGUGGAAGAGGCUGAGGCCCAAAAAUCGGACUCAGGUGAUGCCGAUGCUGAUGCAGCUGCAGAGGGACAGGGUCAACUGGGUCAACAGCAACAAAGCGAUGCUACCGACGAAGCUGCAGAUGGCGAAAAUGGCGAAAAUGGCGAUGAAUCUGAGGAAAAUGAGGAAAAGGAUGGGGAGAACCAGUCCAGCAACAUUCGUGAAGCUGUGGGUCAGAAGCUCAUGAAGAAACUCUCCGAAGAACUGGGCCCCGUGGCCGAUGCCAUCAACGCCGCAGACUCCGCUUUCGGCGCCGGUGCAGGGCAGGGGAUGGUGGAUGGCAUGGAGGGCGAUGGGUUCGGCUUGGCACAGGGCCAGUGGCACCAGAGUCUCAGUGAUGACCAAAACGAGGAGCUGCUUCAGCUGGCGAAGAUCAUGCGCGACAGUCCCGAGCUGCGCGAGCUGCUGCGGAACCUGGGCCGCCGCUCGGCGGUGCGGGGGCCGCUGCACAAGCUGCCGGAGGAGAUUUGGCAAGAAUCUGGUCCCGAAGGCGUGAUUCGCUCUCCUGCUGCCCCUGCUGAAGCCACAGGAGUUACGUUGUCAGGCAACUGGGACACCAUGCUGCCAAGUGAAGCGCAGUUGUUGGCGGCCAAGAGUCCCACGCUUCGUACUUUGCAUCACGCUCGACGCAUUGAGCAAUCCUUGCUAUGCUACGAUCGCAGCUCCUGGUUACAAGAUGACUCCAAAACCACAGGAAGGUCGGAGAUUAGGCCCCUGGGGAAAGCAGGUCCUCUCAUCGUGUGCUUAGACACCAGCGGCAGCAUGAUGGGCGAUCGCGAACUUCUCAGCAAAGCCCUAGUGGUGGAAUGUGUCAGGCAAGCACACCGCCAGCGGCGGCCGUGCUAUUUGUAUGCCUUUGCUGGGGCUGGGAACCUGAAUGAGCUGGAACUGGACUUGAGCCAAGAUGGUCUCAGGAAAGUUCUGAAAUUCCUUCGGCAAAGCUUCGGCGGCGGGACAUAUUUGGAAGAUGCUCUGGCAGAAGCGGCGAAGAAACUCGAGCAGCCAACCUGGCAAAAUGCAGACCUUCUGAUUGUUACAGAUGGUGAGCUGAAUGUGAACACCGACGAAGCCUCCAUCACCUCUGCGCGCUCCAGCUGUGGCACCAAAGUCACCGGUCUGGUGCUGGCUGACACUGGGGGAGUUGCCAUGGAGCGACUCUGUGACGAGUUGUACCUCACUGGCAGAUCAAGUUUCAGAGGUGAGAAAGGUCUGAGAUUCCCAAAGUUGAAGAAAGUGGAGCUGGCAACUGCACGCAAUUGACACUGAUCAAACAGAUCCAACAAGCUCUGGUAGUUCCGUGGCAACUGCAAAAGGCAGUUGCUGCUAGGCGCUGUACAUAGUCCCAUCAGCCAGAUGUGUCCGCUUAAAAAGCUGCCAGAGUUGAACAAAGCAAUGAUUUUCCCC